AUGUCAAAUAAUAUUAUUCUAUCAAUUGAAGUAUUACCAGUGGAAAUGCUUCAUUACAUAUUCGAUAAUCUUGAUACACAAACAAUCUUAUACUCAAUUCGACCAUUAUCGAGAUUAUUUCGAUCAGUUGUUAAUACUUAUAAUCGAUAUGUUUUAGACUUCAAUUUUAUUUCAAAGUCAAGUUAUUACCUUAUUUGUCAAUUAAUUCAUCCUCAAAAUAUUAUUUCAUUAACACUUUCAAAUAAUGAACGAAUAUCAGAUCGAAUAGAUUUGUUUAUAUUACUUGUUGAUCUUCGACAAUUUACUGGACUUCGCUCAUUUACUCUUCUUGAUAUUGAUGAGUCGCGAUUAAACUUCAUUUUGAAAAGAAUCAAUCUUAAUUUGCUUACUUCAUUUUCAUUCAAUAUUAAAAAAUACGAUGAUAGACUCAUAGAAACAGCUGCAGCUCUUCUUUCAUCAACUAUCGCAAGAAAAGCUCUUCGUAAAUUGGAAUUCGAUACGUGUGAUAGAAUACCAAACAUUUCAUGGCCAAUCAAUUAUAUAACUGAAUAUUUGACUCCGAAUAAUCGCAUAAAUAUAGAUGAUCUUUAUAAAAUACUUCAAUGUUCUCCUUAUUUACAUACACUUAUUAUGAACGAUAUUCCAAAAGGGGUGAUCAAUAAUUUAACUUCAAUAUAUUUUCGACAGUUAACAUCGUUAAGUAUCAAAAAUCUUUCUGUAACCAUUGAUGAACUUGAAUCAUUUCUCUUAUUGACAUCAUCACUUGUUUAUUUAAAAUUGAUUGGUGUAGGACAUAUGUUGGAUGGUAAACGAUGGGAACAAUUCAUUGAAAUAAAUUUACCUGAACUAGAUAAAUUUGAAUUUUAUUUCAAUGAAUGGACAUCAACUGAUCAAACUCGAACAGAUCUCGAAUUAAUUAUUGCUUCAUUUCAAACAUUAUUUUGGAUUGAACAUAAAAAAUGGUUUGUUGCUUGUGAAUAUGAACAUACUACACUAAAGCCAAAUAUUAUUUCUCUCUAUUCAAUACCAAUAUGUAAAUCUUCUGUAUCGUACACGCCAACAUAUACAAAAACAUUAUUGUCCACUUAUCCUACGAUGAUGAAAAACGAAUUAUUAAUAAUGAAUAACAUCAAAUCGUUGAAUUUGACUUUAAACAAACUAACAGCUGAUGAUAUUCAAGUAAAGAGCGUAACGGCACAUCAUCCAUUGUUUCGUAAAGUAACUGAAAUUAAUCUUGAAUUCUGUGACGAUUGGCCUUUGAUUUCAUUACAAUCACUUUUCGUUUUCAUUGAUAUUUCACGAAUAGUUCACAAUUUUCUUAGAACAAGCACACAAUCUCUAUUCACUGGUUCUUCAUAG